GCGCCGGCCAGCUCACCCGUCCGCCCAGUGCCCCAGCCGCCGCCGCCGCCGCCGCGCACAGGAGCCCAGCCCCAAGCCGGACCACCCCGGGCGCCGAGCCCCACAGCUCUCGCCCCAGGUCCCCGACCCGGGCUGCGUCCUGGGCCGCGGGACCAGGGGGCGCUCGGCACUAGGCACUUCAAGCGAUGUGCUGUGGGGCAGCGCCGGCUCCGCCGAUGGAGCUGCUGCUGCCGCCUCCGCUGCCCGGCGCGCCCCGCUCCGCCUGCACCCGGUGUGCCUGAGCGCCGAGCUCGCUCCUCCUCCGCGACAACUCCGCCGCCUGCUCCCCAGGCCGCCCGCGCUCACUGCGCGCCUCCCCUGGCUCCACGCGUCUUGCCCCGCCGAGGCAGCUUCCUCUGGGCGCGGGCCCCCGUACACCAUGGCCCUCGGGCGGACUGGGGCCGGAGCCGCCGUGCGCGCCCGCCUGGCGCUGGCCUUGGCGCUGGUGAGCGUCCUGAGCUGGCCCCUCGCCGCCGCCUGCCCCACCAAGUGUACCUGCUCCGCCGCCAGCGUGGACUGCCACGGGCUGGGCCUCCGGGCGGUUCCCCGGGGCAUCCCGCGCAACGCCGAGCGCCUUGACCUGGACAGAAAUAAUAUCACCAGGAUCACCAAGAUGGACUUCGCUGGGCUCAAGAACCUCCGAGUCUUGCAUCUGGAAGACAACCAGGUCAGUGUCAUCGAGAGAGGUGCCUUCCAGGAUCUGAAGCAGCUGGAGCGAUUGCGUCUGAACAAGAAUAAGCUCCAGGUCCUUCCAGAACUGCUUUUCCAGAGCACGCCCAAGCUCACCAGACUAGAUCUGAGCGAGAACCAGAUCCAGGGAAUCCCGAGAAAGGCGUUCCGUGGCAUCGCCGACGUGAAGAACCUGCAACUGGACAACAACCACAUCAGCUGCAUUGAAGAUGGAGCCUUCCGAGCGCUGCGCGAUUUGGAGAUCCUUACCCUCAACAACAACAACAUCAGCCGCAUCGUGGUCACCAGCUUCAACCACAUGCCGAAGAUUCGGACUCUGCGUCUCCACUCCAACCACCUGUACUGUGACUGCCACCUGGCCUGGCUCUCCGAUUGGCUGCGACAGCGGCGGACCAUCGGCCAGUUCACCCUCUGCAUGGUUCCUGUACACCUGCGGGGCUUCAACGUGGCCGACGUGCAGAAGAAGGAGUACGUGUGCCCAGGCUCCCACUCAGAGCCUCCGUCCUGCAAUGCCAACUCCAUCUCCUGCCCUUCAGCCUGCACUUGCAGUAAUAAUAUCGUGGACUGUCGAGGGAAGGGCUUGACGGAGAUCCCCACCAACCUGCCGGAAGGCAUCAUGGAAAUACGCCUGGAACAGAACUCCAUCAAAUCCAUCCCUGCAGGAGCCUUCACCCAGUACAAGAAACUGAAGCGCAUAGACAUCAGCAAGAAUCAGAUAUCGGACAUCGCUCCAGACGCCUUCCACGGCCUGAAAUCACUCACGUCGCUGGUGCUCUAUGGGAACAAGAUCACCGAGAUUGCCAAGGGACUGUUUGACGGGCUCGUGUCCCUGCAGCUGCUCCUCCUCAAUGCCAACAAGAUCAACUGCCUACGGGUGAACACAUUUCAAGACCUGCAGAACCUCAAUCUGCUCUCCCUGUACGACAACAAACUACAGACCAUCAGCAAGGGGCUCUUUGCCCCUCUGCAGUCCAUCCAGACGCUCCACUUAGCCCAAAACCCAUUUGUGUGCGACUGCCACUUGAGGUGGCUGGCCGAAUACCUCCAGGACAACCCGAUCGAGACCAGCGGGGCCCGCUGCAGCAGCCCGCGACGGCUCGCCAACAAGCGCAUCAGCCAGAUCAAGAGCAAGAAGUUCCGCUGCUCAGGCUCCGAGGAUUACCGCAGCAGGUUCAGCAGCGAGUGCUUCAUGGACCUCGUGUGCCCAGAGAAGUGCCGCUGUGAGGGCACCAUCGUGGACUGCUCCAACCAGAAGCUGGCCCGCAUCCCAAGCCACCUCCCUGAAUAUGUCACUGACCUGCGACUGAACGACAAUGAUAUAUCCAUUCUCGAGGCCACUGGAAUCUUCAAGAAGUUGCCGAACCUGCGGAAAAUAAACCUGAGCAACAACAAGAUCAAGGAGGUGCGAGAGGGUGCCUUCGAUGGCGCGGCCAGCGUGCAGGAGCUGGUGCUGACGGGGAACCAGCUGGAGCUGGUGCAUGGACGCAUGUUCCGUGGACUUAGUGGCCUCAAGACCCUGAUGCUGAGAAGCAACCUGAUCAGCUGUGUAAGCAAUGACACGUUUGUUGGCCUGAGCUCGGUGAGGCUGCUGUCCCUCUAUGACAAUCGGAUCACCACCAUCACCCCCGGAGCCUUCACCACGCUUGUCUCCCUGUCCACCAUAAAUCUCCUGUCCAACCCCUUCAACUGCAACUGCCACCUGGCAUGGCUCGGCAAGUGGCUGAGGAAGAGGCGGAUCGUCAGCGGGAACCCCAGAUGCCAGAAGCCAUUCUUCCUCAAGGAGAUUCCCAUCCAGGAUGUAGCCAUCCAGGACUUUACCUGUGAUGGCAACGAUGAGAGCAGCUGCCAGCUGGGCCCACGCUGCCCGGAGCAGUGCACCUGCGUGGAGACAGUGGUGCGAUGCAGCGACAAGGGGCUCCGCGCCCUCCCAAAGGGCAUUCCCAAGGACGUGACAGAGCUGUACCUGGAAGGAAACCACUUAACAGCCGUGCCCAGGGAGCUAUCUGCCCUCCGACACCUGACACUUAUAGACCUGAGCAACAACAGCAUCGGCGUGCUGACCAAUUACACCUUCAGUAACAUGUCUCACCUCUCCACUCUGAUCCUGAGCUACAACCGGCUGCGCUGCAUCCCCAUCCACGCAUUCAACGGGCUGCAUUCUCUCCGCGUGCUGACCCUCCAUGGCAAUGACAUUUCCAGUGUUCCCGAAGGCUCUUUUGGUGACCUGACAUCCCUUUCUCAUCUGGCGCUGGGAACCAACCCACUCCACUGUGACUGCAGUCUGCGUUGGCUGUCCGAGUGGGUGAAAGCGGGGUACAAGGAACCUGGCAUUGCCCGCUGCAGCAGCCCCGAGCCCAUGGCCGACAGGCUUCUGCUCACCACCCCCACCCACCGCUUCCAGUGCAAAGGGCCAGUGGACAUCAACAUCGUGGCCAAGUGCAAUGCCUGCCUCUCCAGCCCAUGCAAGAACAACGGGACGUGCAGCCAGGACCCUGUGGAGCUGUACCGCUGCGCCUGCCCCUACAGCUACAAGGGCAAGGACUGCACCGUGCCCAUCAACACCUGCAUCCAGAACCCCUGUCAGCAUGGAGGCACCUGCCACCUGAGUGAGGUCCACAAGGAUGGGUUCAGCUGCUCCUGUCCUCUGGGCUUUGAGGGGCAGCGAUGUGAGAUCAACCCAGAUGACUGUGAAGACAACGACUGUGAAAACAAUGCCACCUGUGUGGAUGGAAUCAACAACUACGUGUGUGUCUGCCCACCUAACUACACAGGUGAGCUGUGCGAUGAAGUGAUUGACCACUGCAUGCCCGGAGUGAACCUCUGUCAGCAUGAGGCCAAGUGCAUCUCCCUGGACAAAGGCUUCAGGUGUGAAUGUCUGCCUGGCUACAGUGGGAAGCUUUGCGAGACAGACAUUGACGAGUGCGUGGCCCACAAGUGCCGCCAUGGGGCCCCUUGCGUGGACGCGGUCAACGGCUACACCUGCACCUGCCCUCAGGGCUUCAGUGGGCUCUUCUGCGAGCACCCCCCACCCAUGGUCUUGCUGCAGACCAGCCCGUGCGACCAGUACGAGUGCCAGAAUGGGGCCCAGUGCAUCGUAGUGCAUCAGGAACCCACCUGCCGCUGCCUACCGGGCUUCGCCGGCCCCAGGUGCGAGAAGCUCAUCACCGUCAACUUUGUGGGCAAGGACUCCUACGUGGAACUGGCCUCCGCCAAGGUCCGGUCCCAGGCCAACAUCUCCCUGCAGGUGGCCACUGACAAGGACAAUGGCAUCCUUCUCUACAAGGGAGAUAAUGACCCCUUGGCGCUGGAGCUGUACCAGGGCCACGUGAGGCUCAUCUAUGACAGCCUGAGCUCCCCCCCAACCACAGUGUACAGUGUGGAGACAGUGAAUGAUGGGCAGUUUCACAGUGUGGAACUGGUGAUGCUGAACCAAUCGCUGAACUUGGUAGUGGAUAAAGGAGCCCCAAAGAGCCUGGGGAAGCUUCAGAAGCAGCCAGCAGUGGGCAGCAACAGCCCCCUCUACCUUGGAGGCAUCCCCACCUCCACCGGCCUCUCGGCCCUGCGCCAGGGCACCGACCGGCCGCUGGGCGGCUUCCACGGCUGCAUCCACGAGGUGCGCAUCAACAACGAGCUGCAGGACUUCAAGGCGCUCCCGCCACAGUCGCUGGGGGUCUCGCCGGGCUGCAAGUCCUGCACUGUCUGCAAGCACGGCCUGUGCCGCUCGGUGGAGAAGGACAGCGUGGUGUGCGAGUGCCACCCGGGCUGGACCGGCCCGCUGUGCGACCAGGAGGCCCGGGACCCCUGUCUCAGCCACAGCUGCAACCAUGGGAGAUGUGUGGCAACCAGGAUGUCAUACGUGUGCAAGUGUGCCGAGGGCUAUGGAGGGGCCCUGUGUGACCACAAGAAUGACUCCACCAACGCCUGCUCAGCCUUCAAGUGUCACCAUGGGCAGUGCCGCGUCUCCAAUCAAGGGGAGCCCUACUGCCUGUGCCGGCCUGGAUUCAGUGGGGAGCACUGCGAGCAAGAGAAUCCAUGCCUGGGGGAGGUGGUCCGAGAGGUGAUCCGCCGCCAGAAAGGCUAUGCAUCAUGCGCCACAGCCUCCAAGGUGCCCAUAAUGGAAUGCCAUGGGGGCUGCGGUACCCAGUGCUGCCAGCCCACCCGCAGCAAGCGGCGGAAAUAUGUCUUCCAGUGCACGGACGGCUCCUCUUUUGUGGAAGAGGUGGAGAGACACUUAGAGUGCAGCUGCCACCCGUGUUCCUAAGCCCUGCUGCCCGCCCACCUACGCCUUGCGGACUCCAGCUCGGUGGGGUGGGGACAGCACUGUGGGACCCUCUCGAGAUACGAAGUGAAGAUGAGGAAGAAAAUGAAGAACAGAGUAUUAAGUAUAUUGUAAAAUAAACAAAAAAUAGAACUUAUUUUUAUUAUGGAAAGUGACUAUUUUCAUCUUUUAUUAUAUAAAUAUAUCACACCGUCUGAGUAUAUGUACCAUAUAGUGUGUUAUUUUUACCGAGUUUUUUGGUUUUGUGUUGUGUAUUUGUUGUGUGUUUAUAAACAGCUGUUAAAAUUUUAAGAAAAAAAAGACUAAUAAAAAUGUUUUGAAACAAAA